UCAUGAUCAGAGCUCUCCCCGCCUCCUCUCCCCUGAGCAGCACACAGAGCUGCCAUCGCUCUGAGCCAUGCGGAACGGACGGGCCCUGGGCACCUGGCUGCUGUUUGCCAGCAUGGCUGUGGCCAAGUUGGGCGUCCAUGGAGGGAUUAUUGUGAAAGAAAUCAGUGGGAAGGUGUUUCUGCAAUGUCAAACAAGCAAAGGAGAGCAAAAACAAGAAAUUAAAUGGUGGAAAGACGAAGUUGAGUUAGGAAACAUGACACUGCUGGACUUGGGUACAAUUUACGAUGAUCCCAGAGGCAUCUAUAAAUGUAUGCUGGAUAACAAAAACUCCACUCUCCAGGUGCAUUAUCGAAUGUGCCAGAAUUGCAUUGAAGUGGAUGCUCCCACCAUCUCAGGGAUUGUGAUCGCAGAUGUUAUCGCCACUGUCUUCCUGGCAAUUGCUGUGUAUUGCAUCACUGGGCAAGAUAAGGGACGCAUGUCACGAGCUUCUGACAGGCAGAACCUGAUAGCCAACGAUCAGCUCUACCAGCCCCUUGGUGAGCGGAAUGAUGGACAGUACAGCCAGCUGGCAACUGCCAAGGCCCGCAAGUGAAGUGGGAAGGCACUGGGGCCAGUGACUCCUUCACACAAUGAAACCAUAGCCAGUGCCAAAGAGCACCAGCACCCUGCCCUGGUGCUGCUUUGUGAACUAGCUGCUGGCAGAAGGCACUGUGGGUUUUUGCCUGGAGAGCCCUCCAGCUCCCUGCCAGGAUGGGCUGCUUGUAGCAAUCUGCUCUCUCCGUGAUGCAUUGCAUUUCUGUAUUCCUCUCAUUAAAGAUAAUCUUAUUCUAUGGCC